AUGUCUACCUUAAUCCUUGAGACUGUGGAAAAGCAGGCCAAUGGUUCUGAGCUGGGGGACAAGAAGACAGCUCCCUCCAGUCGCCAACUGCUCCGAACCGGUGCCAUCCUCUACCGCAAAGGGGUUGUCCGUCUUCUCCUGAAUGGCAUCGGUUCCGCCUGUACAUACUGGGCGAUGCACUUUUCGGUGACAAAAUUAUCGACUACUCUGCUUCCCAGUCCGGUCGCGUAUAUCAUUGCAUCAGUCCUGCUCGCUGAGACUCAUUUCUUCUGGACCGCGCGCACCAUCCUUCCGCGUGACCAACUGCGCCUCGUGUCCAACCCCGGAGACCGCCGACGAUGGAAAGCGCUGGUGCUUCCCACUUUGGUCUAUGCCGUGGCUGAAACGGUAAUGAUAUAUCUGCCGGCCCUAUUCGAGAGUAGCAUCGCUCUACCGCCGGACGAGGAAGUCCCAAUAGCGGGAUUAUUGUACAUCGUGAGAUCUGACAUCCUGGUCUCGGGGCUCAUGCUCUCUGCCCAGCUGUUUCUCCUCCUUCCCUCUUAUAUGGUGUUAAUCCUGGUCCAGGCCAGUCUUCUGCCGCCCACCUGUGAGACGCUGAUCUUUAGUCCAUCGAGACAGCAGCAGCGGGGAAGACGGGUGGGAGAGAUUUUUUCGGCGGUCAGUCGAGGACCGUUACAAGCACAGAAGGCGGCGCAGAUGAUUGGGAUGGGACGGUUACUCUAUUGUCUGGAGCUGCAUGGAAAGAUGUGUCUAUGUUUGGUUGGUGUUGCCGGUGUGGUGCAUUCGGCAGUCUACUCAGACGAAUAA